UUUUAACCACUGUUUUUAAAUAGAUAUAGUAAAUUAACAUGAAUGUAUUUGAGAAUAAAGGAUUAGAUGUUGAUGAGCCUAAAUUUAGUAUACCUACAAAUAAUGAUUAUAAGAAACCCUCUUAUGAUGAUGAAGAAAUUGAAGAUACAUUCGAUGAAAAUUCAUGCACCAAGGGAAAUAAAAUUAGCAAUUUGGAUAAUCUAACAUUGAAUUACUUAACCCACGAUGCCGUACCGUUAUCGGUUUUUUACCAUAACCAUGAUAACAUGAAUAGAGCUCUUAGACCAACAUUAGAACAACUUCACACUGGAGUAGGAUUGGACGAUAAUAAUAAAAGAAGUUGGGAUCCUUCACAUGAAGAGGAAAGGCAGGGUGAUGCUCCUGUAGCUAAACAAGAAAAAGCAGUCUUCAAAUUUGGAUGGGUAAAUGGAGUUCUUGUACCCACUAUGCUUAAUAUUUGGGGUGUUGUGCUUUUUUUAAGAAUUCCAUGGAUUGUUGGGCAAUCAGGUGUUUUAGAAGCAAGCGCUAUUGUUCUGCUAUCAACUGUUGUGACUGUGCUUACAUCAAUGUCCAUGUCAGCAAUCUGUACAAAUGGUGAAGUGAAAAGGGGUGGAGCAUACUAUAUGAUCUCUCGAGUACUUGGUCCUAAAUUUGGUGGUAGUAUUGGAGUAGUCUUUGCACUUGCUAAUGCUAUUUCUAUAGGAUUUUAUUUUGUUGGACUUGGAGAGGCAAUUCAGUCUAUAUUAGCGAGACAAAAUAUCACAAUGGUCAGUGAAAUAAAUGAUAUUCGAAUUAUUGCAUUUAUUACGCUUUUCUUGACAUUUAUUAUAACACAAAUUGGCUUAGACUGGGUAAUAAAAACACAAAAUGGGUUGCUACUGCUUAUUGUUUUAGGUGUUCUGAAUGCAACCAUAGGUGCAUUUUAUCCUUCACCUGGUACUAGUAGAGAAGAGUUAAAGUCCAAAGGUGUUAUGCAAAUUAAUCUUGCAUCUUUAAAAAAAAAUUUGUUUCAUGAUUAUAGAGAUGGCACUAAAUUUUUUGAUGUGUUUGCGUUAUUUUUUUCUGGUGUUACUGGUAUGACUGCAGGUGCAAAUCUAUCUGGUGAUUUAAGAGAUCCACAAAAAGCUAUUCCGAUUGGUACAUUUACAGCUAUUUUUUUGACAUCAUUUUCUUAUCUUUUGUUAUGUUGGGUAGUGGCUGUUUCAACAGUACGAGAUGCAACAGGAAAGGUGGGAUGUUUCACUUAUGAGAAUACUUCUAAUGGUGGAAAUUUCUCUAUUGGUGGGAAUUUCUCUAAUACUAAUACCACAAGCGUUUUGAAUUGUGUAAAUGUGAAUUCUUCUGUUAAAUAUCCAUAUGGUACAAUAAAUGACUUUAAUAUCAUGGAGAAAAUUUCAUUAUGGGGACCACUUAUUUUAGCUGGAAUCAUAGCGGCCACAUUGUCUUCUGGACUUUCAUCUUUAGUUAGUGCUCCCAAGGUGUUUCAAGCAGUAUGUGAAGAUAACAUAUUUCCUGGUAUCAGCAUUUUUGGAAAAGAAUAUGGUAGAAACAAAGAGCCACGAUGGGGCUACGUAUUGGCUGCAUUAAUUGGAUCAGCUUUUAUUGCUAUUGGAAAAAUAGAUGCCAUUGCACCAAUUACAUCAAAUUUCUUUUUAAUGGCAUUUGCUUUAAUCAAUUAUUCAGUGUUUGUUGCAGCUAUAUCAAAAUCUCCAUCAUGGAGACCAUCUUAUAAGUAUUACAACUCAUGGUUAUCUUUGCUUACUUUUGGACUUUGUAUCGUUCUUAUGUUUUUAAUCAGUUGGUGGUCAGCUGUGGCAGCCAUUGGAAUUGUGAUACUUUUGUAUGUAUUUGUUGAGUAUCGAAAACCAAAGAUCAAUUGGGGUGAAUCAGGAAACUCUUUUACAUACAUCAAUGCUAUUAGAGCUGUCAGGCAUUUAGAGCCAUUGGAAGAUCAUGUUAAAGUUUUCCGAAUAAAUUUAAUGUGUCUUAGUGGAAAACCUUCCUCUCGUCCUAGCAUGGUACGAAUUGCAUCUAAUUUCACAAGACAUUAUGGACUUUUAAUAUGUGGAGAAGUAAAAAUGGUUUCUGAACUAACUGUACCUGAAAAUCCAGAAUCUGCUUGGUUAAAAUCACAAAAAGUUAAAGGUUUUCAUGCAAUUGUUCACAAUGAGACUUUACGUGGAGGUGUAAGAAAUCUGCUUCAAAAUGUCGGUCUCGGAAAGCUGAAGCCAAAUACAGUAUUUCUAGGCUUUAUGAAUAAAUGGCAAGAAGCAAGCAAUCAAGAAGUCGAAGAGUACUUUGGUAUUAUAGACGAUUCAUUUACUUUAAGCUAUGGUGUCAUCAUAUUACGCCAACAAAAUGAAGUUUCUCCUGUAUAUAGCACUUUAGAUAAUCAAAAUGCAGAAGCAAGUGAUGACAAAAAAAGUAAAAUCAAAAGUAUUUUCUAUACACCACCGAAAGGUUUUAUAGACAUAUGGUGGUUAAAUGAUGACGGAGGCUUAACAAUCUUGGUGCCACAUAUACUUUCACAAAGUCAUCGAUGGAAAGGCUAUGAGAUUCGCGUUUUUACACCCGCUUCAACUGAAAAAGUUGAAGCCAAUCAAAUUAAAAUGGCAAAUUUACUAAAGAGAUUUCGAAUUGAGUUCUCAAGUGUUAUUGAGUUUGUAGGAAUUAAUGAGCUUCCGAAGAAGGAGAGUAUAAAUGAAUUUAAAAAUUAUCGAAAAAAGGAACAUUUAAAUUCAGAAGGCGUGUUGGAUAGGAAAACGUUGCGCCUGAUUCGGCUAGGUGAAUUGCUACGCGAGCAUUCAAAUGAGUCAAGUUUAGUUGUUAUAUCAUUGCCUAUCCCUAAACGAUCUAUUGUUUCACCAUAUCUUUAUAUAAGUUGGUUAGAAACAAUAACGACUGGACUAAAAACGGUGAUGUUAAUUCGUGGAAACCAAGAAAGUGUUUUAACCGUUUAUUCAUAAGUAAAGUAUACACUCGGUAAAGCACUUUUUAGAAGA